GAACUUGCAAUUAACAUUGGCAAUUAUCCAACAUCCCCUUUUAUCUUCCUCUCUCAAUAAUAACAGUUUUAAGACCCAAUAUUUUAUCUCAAUACACUUCAGAUAUUUACUUUACAAAAAUAAUUUAAAUUUACCGCGAAAAUUUAAAAAUUCAAAUUUUCAUUCUUCUUGAAUCAAAUAAUUAAUUAAAUUAACACCCAAGUGUUUCGUAAAAAUAUAUUACUAUGGAGUUUGUUAACAUAAAUAACGUGAUUGGACAUUUAUUGAGUUAACAUAGACAAGUUUUCGGCGUACAGAAGUGUGUGUAUGAAGUGGUAAAUUCAUCAGUGAGUUUAUGAAUGUGUAAUUUAACAUCUGAAUUCAUCAACGUACUCGCAAUUAAAUGAUUCAUUAAAUAUGUAUAUUUAUAUAUAUAUAUAUUUAUUAAUGAUAAUUAAUAAAUAAUUAAACCUCAUUUAAUUUAAAUAAAAAAAUAGUGGGAUUAUUGUCGCUCUCAUUAUUUUUUCUGUCAGUGAUAAAACAACACGUAUGGUCAGACAAACGUUCCGUGUUUGCGAGAACUAGCCAACAAGCCAUAUAUAUAUGUGUGUGUGUGUAGAUGUAUAUAUAGUAGAGUAUACAAUACGAUACGUAACACUAGACUACAAUAGAAGGGGUAGUUGUUGUAGGAGUUGAUGGAUAUUAAAGUGCGUGUCGCAAUAAAAAAUGUCAAAAACUGACGGCUCAUUUAAGUUUUAUCUCAACUACUGAUAAGCGGGAAUUAAUUUUAUUACUCUAUGGUUCUUUUGAUAAAAGUUUAUAAUAACAAUGGAUUUUAUUAAUGGUAAUUUUUUUAAAUAUUAAGUUUGCUGUUAUAUGUGAUGAUGAUGAUGAUGAUGAUGAUGAUAAUGAUGAUUACGGAGAUUAUUGAUAAUGAAAUUAAAAAAAUUUAUUAAAUAAUCAUACGGCUUUAUUAGAUAAAUUUCUUGUCUUUGAGUUUACGGUCUUGAUCGUUUAAUUUGUGGGCUUAAAUUCGCUUGAGAUUAUUUUAGGGAAUGAAGUUUAUUCGAGAAAUGAGGAUAAGGUGGAGGGUGGCGGUACUAAGUCGUCUCGAGGGUACGUCGAUUUGAGGCCACAAAACGUUGGAGGAAUUUGGAGGAAAUAAUAAGAAAAAAAAGAAAAAAAAAGGGAAGAAAAAUAAAGAGUGGAGACUGGAAACUGGAGAGGAAAAAAACACUAACGCAAGAUAGAACGAGUGGCGUAUAGGAGAGUGAGGUAUAGGAGUUGGGGUAAAAAAGAACAUAAACUGAAGAGGAAUGCCAGCGAGGAAAAAAUGAAAAGUGUGCUUUUGACUCUUGGUCUACUCUUCGUCACUCCCGGAAGGUGCAUCGAUAAUAAUCAUGCUGAUGACAACAGAGAUCUUGAGCUCGAUCUUGAUCCUCUUGAUCGUGGACCGUACUUUGAUGUGGCAGCGUCUCAUAAUGUCACUGCACUUGUCGGAAAAUCAGCGAUACUCAGGUGUCGCGUGAGAAACUUAGGGGAUCGCACAGUAUCCUGGGUUCGGCACAGGGAUAUUCACCUUCUCACAGUAGGAACUGACACCUACACAUCCGACCAAAGAUUCGUAGCCUCACAUUUUCCUCGUACUGAAGACUGGACACUUGAGGUCAAAUACCCCCAGCUCCGUGAUUCCGGAACUUAUGAGUGCCAAGUAUCGACAACUCCACCCAUUGGAUAUUCAAUGCAUUUGUCAGUUGUCGAACCCGUGACGACAGUAAUUGGCGAACCGGAAAUGUACAUAAACCGAGGUAGCACUAUGAACUUAACGUGCGUAGUCGAGUUCAGCCCAGAACCACCUCCAGCGAUAUAUUGGACUCACAAUGAGGAGGAGAUUAAUUACGACAGCCCGCGAGGUGGAGUUUCUGUAAUCACGGAAAAGGGUGAGAUUACUACUUCUUAUCUUUUAGUCCAACGUGCGCAACCGGCAGACAGUGGAAGUUACACUUGUCAUCCCAGUAAUGCCAACGAUAAAACUGUUACCGUUCACAUUCUCAAUGGCGAGCAUCCAGCCGCAAUGCAACACGGUGGACAACUAAGGCUGGGCAACCCACCAUUUGUCAUUCUACUAUCAAGUUUUUUGACCUUUUUCAAUUACCGACACUGAACUCGUCUCUUAGUUUGAAUCACUUUCGCAAUAUCUCCUUGGCCAUAGUUUAAAUUAUUGAAUUUAUACACAUAUAUACACAGAGUUUUUUAGUAAAAACUAUCCAAAAAGUUUGAUACUGAUGCGGUAAAUAUCUAUUUCCCACGCACAUUGUAAAAUAUACUAGUCGAUAGCUUGGAAAUGAAGUGCGAUUUCUACUACCAGAGUAAAAAUUUAGUUACUGGAUAGAUGUCCUCACAGUAUUAAACUUUAUGGGAAAUUUUUACUCAAAAAUUAUCUGCGGGUACAGAAAAAAAUAAUUUCCUGACGCGAGAGAAAUUUCGAACUAUGAAUUGAAAAAAAAAAUUUUCUUAGGACUACACGGAAAAAAAUUGUUGCAGUGCCUAUUUUUUUCCGUGUAGAAAAUUUUUCUUUAACCCCAAAAAAUUUUCGCAGUAUAAAUUGAAAAGAAAAAUUUUCUUGGGGCGGGAAAAAAAUUCUUGUGCCAAGAAAAAUUUUCUAGUCUUAAGAAAAUUUUAUUCUACAAUUUAUAGCGUAAAAUUUCUCUUGGGCCAAUAAAUAAUUUUUUUCUGUAUAUAUAUUAAGAACAUAUAAAUUGUGUAAACAAAAUAAUAAAGUAAGUAAAGUGUCAGCGAUGAUGAAUCUCAAAGUCUCUAAGAAUGUUUAAAAUUUAACAAAGUCAAAGGAUUUAAAAGAAAAUACGCUUUUCCCAUACCCUUACUUUCAAUUAACUUUUCUUCAGCCCCAUUCUUCGGAUUUUCCUGUCUAUGCUCUACUUCACUUACCCGCGGGAUCUAACGGAAGUAAUUUAAAGACUUUACUACAAUAGAAAAAUAAAAGGGGUUAUAAAAUGUGAGCUAAUUUUUUUUUCUUAUUUUUUUUUUGUUUAAAAAGUGUGAUGUGUAUAUCAGCUUAUUCUCAAUUGGCUGAUCUGCAUCUAAUUCACUUGACAUGAUUUUUUUUUAACCACCGUCGCCAUUAUUGUUAUCAUUAUAUCUCUGUUAUAUACCGUACACGUCCAAUUGAUUAAAAUAAAGCGACUCGAGCUUUUAUAGUAUACUUUUUCGAUAAAUACUGAGGUAAAAUACUUUAUGUAAUAAAAAUAAAAUAAAAGGUAAUAUAAUAUAUAAAUAAUAUUAAUAAUAAUGAUAAUAACAAUAAAAUAUUGUAAUGUAAUUUAUUCAGAAAAAUAACUUUAUUGUAAUUUCGAUUUCGACCGUAAAUUUAUUCUUAGACUUAAGAUUUUAUGACAAAGGAAACCAUUUUAUUUUAUUGUACUUUUUUAUUUUUUUAAUUAAAUAAAAUACACUGUAAAAAAUUUUCGAAGUGAAUAAGGAUUUAAUUCGGAGUUUAUUCGGAGUGGAUGACUAUUGAUUUAUUUCAUUCACUGGAAAUUAAAUUUACUCCCAAGGGGAAUUUAUUUUAAUGUUCAAAUUUUGAUGUGGUGUUAAAGUCAAUACUAAAAGGAGUUUAUUUCAAUAUUUAAACUAUGGUUCGGAGUUAAAUUCACUACAAAAGGAGUUUAUUUUUUAAUAUUGAAACGUAAGUUCGGAGUUAAGUUCAAUAUUUAAAGAAGUUAAUUUUUUGAAUAUUGAAACGUAAGCUCGGAGUUAAAUUCACUACUUAAAGGGGUGAAUUUCAAUAUUGAAAUACUGAGUUGGAGUUAAUUUCACUACUAAAAAGGAUUUUCUUACAAUAUUUAAACCCCGGUUCGGAGUCAAAUUCACAGUUAAAAGAAGUGUAUUUUAAUAUCAAAACUCUAGUUCGGAGUUAAAUUCACUGCUGAAAGGUGUGAAUUUUAAUAUUUAAAUUCCGAUUCGGAGUUAAAUUCAGUACUAAAAGAAGUGUAUUUCAAUAUUAAGACUACAGUUCGGUGUUAAAUUCAAUAUUAAAAGGAUUUCAUUAUAUAAACUUUGGUUCGGAGUUAAAUUCACUGCUAAAAGGAUUUUUUUUAUAUUUUAAAUAUUGAAACCCUGGUUCGGUGUUAAAUUUACGACUAAAAGGAGUUUAUUUUAAUAUUGAAACCCUUUUUGGAGUUAAUUUCACUACUAAAAAGAAUUUUCUCAUAAUAUUUAAAUCCCGGUUCGGAGUUAAUUUCACUACUAAAAGGAAUACAUUUUAAUAUUAAAACUCCGGUUCGGAGUCGAAUUCACAGUUAAAAGAAGUGUAUUUUAAUAUUAAAACUCCAGUUCGGAGUUAAAUUCACUACUAAAAGGUGUCAAUUUUAAUAUUUAAAUUCCGGUUCGGAGUCAAAUUCACAGCUAAAAGAAGUGUAUUUUAAUAUUAAAACUCUAUUGAGGAGUUAACUUCACUACUAAAAAAAGUGCAUUUCCAAACUGAAAGUCCGGUUCGGAGUUAAAUUCACUACCAAAAGGAGUUUAUUUUUUUAAUGUUGAAACUUCGUUUCGGAUUUAAAUUCACCACUAAAAGAAGUGAAUUUUAAUAUUGAAACUCCAGUUCGGAUUUAAAUUCAACACUAAAAGAAGUUUAUUUUAGUAUUGAAACUCCGUUUCAAAGUUAAAUUCACUACUAAAAGGUGUCAAUUUUUUUUUUAUAUCGAAAUUCCGGUCCGGAGUUAAAUUUACUACGAACAGUAGUGUAUUUCCAAAUUGAAACUCCGAUUCAGAGUUGUAUUCAAUAUUAAAAAGAGUUUAUUUUAGUAUUCAAAUUCUAAUCCACAGUUAAAUUCACCACUAAAAGGAGUUUUUAAAAUUGAAACUCUGGUUGGGAGUUAAAUUCUCUACUAACAGGAGCCUAUUUUAAUAUUAAAAUUCAAAUCAGUGAAUGCGAACUUAAAUAACAUCAAAAUCACCCCAAAAUUACUCCGCUGAAAAACCAAACUCCCUAUUUACUCCGUAUGCGAACUAAUUUUUAAAAACUCCAGAAUUCUCGUGACGAAAUGAACACGGAUUUAAACAAUAAUCCUUGAUCUCUCAGAAUUCACUCAGAAUUUUUUACAGCGUAUUCAUACUAUUGACAGAAGCAUAAUUAGCAUGUGAUUGAAAGUAGUGAGAACGUUAUUCAAGAUAACAAAGGAAUAAAUUGCCACUCAAAAUUGACGACUUACACUCACCCCACCCCCACAAACAAACACUCAAAGUAUAUAUUUACAUUUGAUUGUAUACGGUCUAAGUUUACGGUCUACGGUCUAUGUAAUAUGUAUACAUAGCUAAUGGACUCCAGGACUUAAAUUUAGAUUUAAAUGUUGAAUGCACUAGUAUACUCCGUAACUCGAACAAUUUUCUUUUUUACACAUUUUUUCUUGUUUUACUUUUUUUUUCCCAAGAAUAUACAAACAGUGGAAGGAUAAAAUGCAGCAUACUCGCAUUUUAUUCCCAGUCUCGCCUUUUUUUCCCGCUUACAAGCACAUAUAUUUAUAUAUACCUUCUUUUUAUUUUACCUCGUUUGCUCGACUACAUUUUUCGAUCGUGUAUAUUUUUAUUUUGUCGUUUUCUUCAGCAUUUCUCUUCCGUCUGAGAUCUUCCUUUUACACUAGGAAAUUAAAGGAACAAGAAAACAUCAUAUGUUCAUCAUGGAACCGUGUAAGUCUCUCAUACUUGUUUUUAUUCUUCUCUAUUAUUUGAUUCAUUACUUUCAGCAAAAACAUUUUAUCCCAAGUACAUGUAUCUUUCUUAAGCAUAACUGCCCCUAAUAGGUCCUUUUUUUUUUCAUCAUCAUUAUUAGGGUCGAGAAAAAUGGGCUAAGAAUAAAAACAAGGAAAAUAAAAAAUUAAAUAUAUUUAAAAAAAAAAAUAAACGAUUUCUUUUUGUCGUUUAACAAUCAAAGAAAAUUUAUCUUACUAGUUUUUAUCAUUUUACCGUCAGACGGUAGUAUAUAAACUUUAAAAUAAAAUGGUAUUUCAGUUGACUAGGAAGAAAUAAGACCCGAAAAGAAAAUAAAAAGGCAUAAAAUAAAAGUAAAACAGGAGAGACUUGCCGCGUGCCUUUUUACCUCGUUGUAUCUUUACUAGCUUGCUCGCCUUUCGCUUACAAUCAGUUUCACCUGGUUCUUUCUCACCCUCCUGUGAUGAAUUCACGAGAAUGAAGUAGCUCUUUUAGCGUAACUCUAUACACUGUCACUUCAUUUUUUACUCUUUUAAACGCUUUAUUAUAAUUUACUUUUUUUUUAUAAUUUUUUCUUAUUCUUUUACUUUUCACGACAAAAACGAACACUUAUUAAUUGCGCUACAAAGUAAAUUUAAUAAAAUAAUCUCACAAAGCGAGAGCUCUAAGUGUUUAUUAAUUAAAAUUUAAUGACGAAAUUUUAUGUACUAUUUAAAAUUUUUAGAUUUUUAAAGAUAAUUGUCAUGGAAUUUAAUGAAAUUUAAUUUGGGCUGUAAUUUAAAAAAAUUGGAACAUAAUUUUUAAUUAAAAUGCGAUGGACAAAAAUUUUCUGGGUGAUAAAUCAUGGACUGACUGGGAUUUAAAUUGAAAAAAUUUGAAAAUUUCAGUAGUAAUUUUUGUAAAAAGUUAAUUAGUUUAUUUUGCUGGGAAAUUUCGAGUAUAAACUAAUUCCACAUGAAAGAAAUAAUUUUCAAUUAAAAUUCGGGUUUUUCGAAUGACUAUCGGCUUUGAAAUUAAUGGUAUUCGAAAUUUAUUGACUUAUGGACAAUAAAGAAAAUUGUUUAAAUGAAAUAAAAAGAAAAUGGGAUUUAAUUUUCAUGACAUUUAUCACUUGGAAGUUAAAAUUUAUGUAAAAAUAAAGUAUUCAGGGUGGCCACAAAGAAAUGAUUUUUAAAUUCCGUGAUAUUUGCCGGUUUUCCAGUAAAAUUUUUCACAUUUUUCCCUGAUUUAGAAAUUUUAUUCGUAUCAUUUAGAUAUUCAAAGUUUUUAUUAUAUUUUCAUUUUUAAUAAUUAAAUUUGAUAAUUAAAUCAUAAGAGAAACAAGAAAAAAUGGCAAUAAAAUAAAUUAAUGUUGCCUACUUUUGAUUAUUCGAUGUUAAAAAUGUAUAAGUUAAAAUAUUUAAUAAGAAAUUUAAUGAUUUAAAUAAAUUCAAAAUACACUGGUUACAAAAAUUAAGGGAUAUUCAAAAAAUUUCAAAUUUUUUAGUGAUUUUCAACAGUUUGUAACUCGAAGGAAAAUGGUCGUACAAUAAAAACAAAAAAUCAAACUGUAGCUUCAAGUGUCUAGUUUUCUGAUCUGGGUCUUUAAAUUUUUUUAUUAUGCACGGUUCCGGAGCAAUCAAAAAUCAAUGAUAAUUAUCGAAAAAAAUUUAUUGAAGCUCGAAGACCGUUUUUAAGACGACUAAAAAUUUGGUAAAUUUCUUUUUCGAUAGUUUUCUUAGGAUUACUCCGGAACCGCACAUAAUAAAAAAAUUUAAAGACCAGAUCAGAAAACUAAACACUUGGAGCUACAAUUUGCCUUUUUUGUUUUUGUCGUAUGACCAUUUUUCCUUCGAGUUACAACCUGUUGCAAAUCACUUUAAAAUUUGGAAUUUUUUUAAUAUCCCUUAAUUUUUAUAACUAGUGUAUAAUUGAAAAUUUUUUAAAUUUUGAACUGUUACAAUUUAAUUCCCGGAUACUUUUCGAAAUUCCCUAACAUUUCCAUGAUAUUUCCCGGUUGCAUUAAAUUUCCUUCUAAUUCCCGGCUUUCCCGGUUCGUGGCCACCCUGUAUAUGCACAGAAAAAAGAAAUUUAUUGGUGUAAAAAAUUUUUCUAGUCCUAAGAAAAUUUUUGGUUCCAAUUCAAAAUGCGAAAUAUUUUUCGCGCCAAAAAAAUUCUUUUUUCUGUGUAAAUAUUUUAAUUAUUUAAAAUUUCAUAUUCUCGGUUGAUUCAAACUCGCUAAUGACUCAGUAAUUUGUAAAUUCUUUUAAAAAUUUUUAAUAAUGUAAAACAUUAAUUACUGAAUUCUGUAUCGGGAAAUUAGUAAAAAUAAUAAUGAGUGUAAAUGUAGCUGAUAAUUGAGAAUAUUUUGAAUUUUUUAGUAAUUAAAUAAAAAAUUUAUAAGCGCGGAUUUCAAUAAUUAAAAAAUCAGUACGCGCGUUUUUUUAAAUUUCAUUACUUCAAUUUAUUUAUGUAUUUAAAAUUUAUAAAUUGUCUAUAUCUGCGACAUUGAUACUCACUGUAAAAAAUUUUCAGAGUGAACGUGGAUUAAAUUCGGAGUAAAAUUUACUCCGAACGGGAGUUUAUUUGAGAUAAAACUCCGAAUCAGAGUAAAUACAGAUUCAAAUAAAAUCCAAAUCCCUCCGAAAUCACUCCGCUAAAAAAACAAAUUCCCUAUUUACUCCGUAUGCGCAAUGAAUUUCUGCAAACUCCGUAACUCCGAGUGAAUUCAGAUUUAAAUAAAAUCCGUAAUCACUUCGAAUUCACUUCCGGUUUCUCUUAGUGCAUAAAUAAUAAUAAUUAUAUUCUAAGAGUAUGAAUUAUAAUUAAACUUUGCGUUUAAUUCAAUCUUCUAAUUUAUGUUACACACUAUAAUAACAUAUAUACACAUCUACAUCAUAUAUAUAAAAUUAAAUGUAAACCGUGAGUGUAAAUUGUGAUUCACAUUAUAUAACAUCAAUAUUACAAUUCUGUUUCCGUAACUUUAUCGCAAUACAAUUACUAGCUGACGGUUCUCAUGAUAUGGAAAUUUAUCAGUCCAUGUAAACCAGUAAAUUUAAUUUAAUUUGUUUCACCCAUCCAUCCAUCCAUCCAUCUAUUCACUUUUGUCCAUUUACCAUUAAUCCAAGAAUAGUUAAUUUACUAAUAAAUUCAUUAAUGUGAAAAUUUUAAACUAAUGUUAUCAUCAAAUUUGUAAAUAAUAUACAUGUAAUAAUAAUAAUAAUAAUAA